AUGGAUUCCCCAGCAAGUGGUAUGGAGCUGAAGGACAACACGGUCAUCAUAGUCCUCGGCGCAUCAGGAGAUCUUGCAAAGAAGAAGACAUUCCCUGCCCUCUUUGGCCUUUACCGCAACCAAUUCCUCCCUAAAGAUGUUAAGAUCGUCGGAUAUGCGCGAACAAAGAUGGACCACGAGGAAUACCUCAAGAGAGUCAAGUCAUAUAUCAAGACGCCUACUAAGGAUUUGGAGAAGCAAUUGGCAGAGUUCUGUGAGCACUGCAGUUACGUGUCCGGCCAAUACGAUCAGGACGAGUCCUUCUUAAACCUCAAUGCUCACCUUGAGAAGCUGGAGGAUGGUCGUCACGAGACUCACCGUCUCUUUUAUAUGGCCCUCCCUCCUAGCGUAUUUACCAUCGUCUCCCAACACUUGAAGAGAUGCUGUUACCCUCCCAAGGGUAUCGCGCGAGUUAUCGUUGAGAAGCCCUUCGGAAAGGAUCUUGCCAGCUCGCGCGAGCUACAAAAGUCGUUGGAGCCUGAUUGGAAGGAGGAUGAAUUGUUCCGUAUCGACCACUACCUUGGAAAGGAGAUGGUGAAGAACAUUCUAAUUCUUAGAUUCGGUAACGAAUUCUUCGGUGCUACCUGGAACCGACACCACAUAGACAAUGUUCAGAUCACAUUCAAGGAACCUUUUGGUACGGAGGGUCGUGGCGGUUAUUUCGACGAGUUUGGAAUUAUCCGAGAUGUUAUGCAGAACCAUCUGCUCCAGGUUUUGACGCUGUUAGCCAUGGAACGACCUAUCUCUUUCUCGGCGGAGGAUAUUCGUGAUGAAAAGGUCCGUGUACUGCGAGGUAUCCCAGCUAUCGAGCCGAAGAACGUCAUUAUCGGCCAGUACGGAAAGUCCCUCGACGGCAGCAAGCCUUCUUACAAGGAGGACGAUACCGUUCCCAAAGAAUCGCGAUGCCCGACCUUCUGCGCUCUGGUCGCUUACAUCAAGAAUGAGAGGUGGGACGGUGUUCCGUUUAUUAUGAAGGCAGGCAAGGCCCUGAACGAGCAAAAGACGGAGAUUCGAAUUCAGUUCAAGGACGUUACUAGCGGUAUCUUCAAGGACAUUCCCCGAAACGAGCUCGUGAUGCGAAUCCAGCCGAACGAGAGUGUUUACAUUAAGAUGAACUCCAAGCUGCCUGGAUUGAGCAUGCAGACGGUUGUCACAGAACUCGAUUUGACAUACCGACGACGAUUCUCGGACCUUAAGAUUCCCGAGGCGUACGAGUCGCUGAUUCUAGACGCGCUCAAGGGUGACCACUCGAACUUUGUCAGAGAUGACGAGCUUGACGCCAGCUGGAGGAUCUUCACCCCUCUGCUACACUACCUUGAUGAUAACAAGGAGAUCGUCCCGAUGGAAUACCCCUAUGGCUCGCGAGGACCGGCAGUCCUUGACGACUUUACAUCGUCAUACGGGUACAAGUUUAGCGAUGCUACGGGUUACCAGUGGCCGAUGACAUCUGCCGCGCCCCCUAACAAGUUGUAA